CGCCCCCGCCGGAAGCACUCGCGCGCCCCGGGGCCGGCAGCGCACCGGGGUCCAGCGCUCAGGGCUGAGCUGCAUUGGAGUCCCGCGGUCCGCGGCCCUUCUCCGCAUGGAUCCCGCAGAGCGCGCGCAGGCGGCACGAGCUCGGGUGCCCAGGAUCGAUCCGUAUGGAUUUGAAAGGCCGGAAGACUUUGAUUAUGAAGCUUAUGAAGAAUUCUUUUCCACGUACCUGGUGAUACUCACCAAGAGGGCGAUCAAAUGGUCCAAACUUCUAAAGGGGAGCGACAGGAUCCGAAAAAGCCUGACAGUGAAGCGCUAUGUCCGGAAGGGAAUCCCACUGGAGCACCGGGCCCGUGUCUGGAUGGCUAUGAGUGGUGCCCAGGCCCAGAUGGACCAGAACCCUGGAUACUACCGGCGACUGCUCGAGGGAGAGUGUAGUCCCAGCCUGGAGGAAGCCAUCAGGACAGACCUGAACCGGACAUUCCCUGACAACGUGAGGUUCCGGAAGACGUCAGAGCCUUGUCUUCAGAAGACCCUAUACAAUGUGCUGCUGGCAUACGGGCUACACAACCAAGGUGUGGGGUACUGCCAGGGAAUGAAUUUCAUAGCAGGAUAUCUGAUCCUUAUCACCAAGAACGAAGAGGAAUCUUUUUGGCUCUUGGAUGCUCUUGUUGGAAGAAUACUGCCUGAUUACUAUAGCCCGGCAAUGCUGGGACUGAAGACGGAUCAGGAGGUCCUAGCAGAGCUGGUGAGGAUGAAGUUGCCAGCGGUGGCAGCCCUGAUGGAUGGCCAUGGUGUGCUAUGGACCCUGCUAGUGUCUCGAUGGUUCAUCUGCCUGUUUGUGGACAUCCUGCCAGUGGAGACUGUGCUACGGAUCUGGGACUGUUUGUUCAAUGAAGGUUCCAAGAUCAUCUUCCGGGUUGCUCUGACCUUAAUUAAGCAACACCAGGAAUUUAUAUUGGAAGCCAAAAGUGUUCCAGACAUCUGUGACAAAUUCAAACAAAUCACCAAAGGGGACUUUGUGACUGAGUGUCACACAUUCAUGCAAAAAAUAUUUUCAGAACCAGGAAGCUUGUCCAUGACAACCAUCACCAGGCUCCGGGAGAGUUGCCGAGCUACACUGCUGACCCAGGGCUGAGUGCACACCUCCUACUCUGCUGCUGCUUGCACAACAGACACUUCACCAAUUCCUGCCACUUUGUUCCUGUUGUAAAUACUUGAAAUCAUAAAACUCUUAAUGUGAACUUUUAAAAGACAAUGAUUUAAAAUCA